GUGAAAUUAUUGAGGUAGUCUCAAAUUUGAUUGUUUAGAACUCUGCUCUAUAAAUGUGAGGUAGUCGCAUUCUUUGUGGGCAUAGCCUGCCCACUGGUAGUAAUGGAGUACAGAUGAUAGAGGAAGGGGAUUGAUUUGAAGGAGAUCCGCUCCGAUCACAGGUUUCUCUCGUCUUCUCCAGCUAUGACAAGGGGUUUGAGAGCAUUCAAACGAUGGAUGAAGUCUCAUGGAGUAGAAUAUAGUGAUGCUCUUCUCUUCACAGAUGGUGUGGAGGGAAUUGGGGUGAAAACACUUUGUGAUUUAAGUGUCGGAGACUUAAUUGCGACCAUACCCAAGAGUGCUUGCCUCACAAUCAAGACAUCUAUGGCCCAAAAUUUUAUCGAAGAUGUGGGUAUUGGAGAUUCUCUUGGCCUUGCUGUGGCCUUGAUGUUUGAGUUAAGCAUAGGGCAAGAAUCGAAUUGGUAUGGGUAUCUUCAAUUGUUGCCUAAGAAAGAGCCUGUGCCUUUGGUUUGGAAUUUGGAGGAAGUUGAUACACUUCUUGUUGGGACUGAACUUCACAAGGCAGUGAAGUAUGACAAAUCUCUUCUUUAUGAGGAUUGGAAAGAGUGUAUUGUGCCCCUUGUAGCUGCCAAGCAAUUGAAUCUUAAUGAGAAUUAUUUUGGUGUGGAGCAAUAUUUUGCGGCAAAAACUCUUAUUGCAUCUCGAGCUUUUGAAAUAGAUGAGUAUCAUGGCUCUGGAAUGGUGCCUUUGGCUGAUCUGUUUAAUCACAAGACUGGAGCAGAGGAUGUUCACUUGACCUCCAUGUCUGCAAAUUCUGGCUCUGAGGAUGAUGAUGUCAGAGAUAAUGGUGGUAAUGAUGACGAUGAUCGCGGUAGCAAUGAUGGUGGUUUUGAUGACGAUGCUAAGUUAUCAAUUGAGGAGCUUGUUGUCGACUCUUUUGGUGAUAUCUUUGAAAAUUCUGGCAUCCAAAAGAACCACAAGACUAUGGCUACUGCUUCUGAUGAAAACCAUUUAAAUGGCCAUAUCUUAGAAUCAUAUUCAAGCGCAGGAGAUGACCCAGAUGCUUUGGGAAUGAUACUGAUCAAGAAUGUCAAAGCUGGAAAUGAGGUAUUCAAUACUUAUGGCACCUUAGGCAACGCUGCUCUAUUGCACAGAUAUGGAUUCACAGAGCCUGAAAACCCAUUCGACAUUGUGAACAUCGAUCUCAACCUUGUGAUGAAAUGGGCAAAGGGAUCAUUUUCCAACCGCUACAGUCGAUCAAGAAUCUCCCUCUGGAAAAAAUUAGGCUGUUCAAGCUGCUCUAACCAAGACUCUGAAUACUUUGAGGUCACUUUCAGUGGCACUCCCCAGCUAGACCUUAUGGUUCUCCUCUACAUUUUUUACUUGCCUGAUGAAGUUUACUGUAAAAUGGACCUUUCUCUGACUACACGUAUGAAAGUUGAUAUUUCUCUGUCUUCCCCAAUGAAUGAUGAAUUACCCUCUAGCAUUGUUGAUGGUGUCCAUAAUGCUAUGGAUAUUAUAUUUUCAGCUGAAAGUGGUGGCUCAUUGCCGUUCUCUAGAGAGACAGAGGAUAUGGCUACACAGAGAGUGGACCGGCUGCUUACUAAGCAUGUGUGCAAUGCACUUAUCUCACUUGCUGAUAUCCGGGAAGGGUUUUAUGGCGCGAGCUCGUUGGAAGAGGACAUGCAUGUUUUGAAGGGAUGUUGUAGGCUUCGAGAACCGAAAAGGUAUCAUUCUCUUUCAUUGCGAGUUUGUGAACGAUCAAUACUCAAGAAGAUGAGGAUUUUUGCAUCCAAAUCAGGUUGCAUCCGCAAGGGGAAAAAGAUUUAUUUUGCUGCAUGAAAUUGAAGUCCGAUUUUGAUUCAUGCAAGAUGAAUCUUGUAUUUUUUGGAGCCUGUAUGAUUGUGUUGCGCGGAGAGAGAGAGAGAGAGAGAGAGAGAGAGAGAGAGAGAGAGAG